AUGGCAAUUCUCAAAGCACGCGUCUGGUCACUGUUGUUUCUUCUCAAUGUCCUCAAGAGCACAGUAGCAACUCCUCUCUACACAUCGCCAUUCUCCGGUGUAGGUAUUGGGCGAAACAUCCGGCAUUUACCAUGCGUAUCACUGAAGACUGGAGAAACUGGUGUCUGUAUGUUCGCCUUUAACUGUGUUAAAGCUAAUGGAACACAUCUUGGGACCUGUCUGGAUAGAUUUUACUUCGGUAGCUGUUGUAAGAUCAGUGAUGAGCCGGAGAUAUUCCCGCAAGAUAAUUCUAUUGAUGAGCCCAAUGGGCUAGGAUCGACUAGUGCACCGCUUGACAAUAAUGACAUUCCGGAUUAUCACAGCAAGCCGAAACCUGAGAAGGUGCCAGAUGAUGUGAUCACUGAAAAACCGAUUAGGAGUACUUAUACAACACCGACAACAGUGAAAAUGACGACGACAAUGACGAGAACAUCCACGACUCCGAUUCCCCCCUCGAUAGCGCUAUCAACGUUCCAGACGAUUCAAGACAGUAAGACAUCGACAGUAACCAAGGCACCGACGACUGUCCAUUAUUCGAGACCUAGUACGACUGAGAGGACUGUGACGACACAGAAGAUUGCGACGACUGAGACUUUUGUCAACAGACCAACAACUUCUUCGUCAGUCUCCACAACACAACAAAUCACAAUACAGCAAAUCACAUCGACGGAGAGAGCUCCAGCCACGAGGUUUCCACCGAGAAAUGCAACGACUACUCAAGCUUCUACUAGCAGAAGACCCAUCUCGACGACAACCAGAAGACCUUUGACCUCUGCAAUUCCGAAGAAACCCACGCUGGUUACUAAGAGGCCUAGCAAGCCCACCAAUGCGAGUUCCUUCAAACCCUCGAACAGUUCUUCGAAACCAUCGACGGCAAGUGUAUCAAAGCCAUCUACUUCUCAAUCCACAAGACCCGUUGUUACGACGACUGUGCUUUCGACAUUAAAACCUGUUACCCAAAACACCACUCUCUCGUCAUCAACUGUUCUGGUAACAAAACCGAAACCUAACGUAACAACAACCCUUUUGACUUCGACGAAGAAGCCGAGUGUUGGGACAACAGAGCAGAUUACGAAACCCACGAGUUUACCGACAAGAGGAACCGUUGGGACGACAGUUAGACCGAGGCCCAGUACGAAGCCUACGAAGACAACUGUGACGUCGGCCAAACCUACGAAAACGACUGUGGUGUCGGCCAAACCCACGAAGACAUCAGUAAAGCCGACAAUUGGAGAUAAAGUGAAGCCGAGGCCUUCGUCGACGACGGUCAAGCCAUCGACAAAGCCGAGACCAUCUUCAAAGCCGAGCAAACCUGGAAAGCCGAGCAAACCGCCACUAGGAAGCACUAUUGGGUCAACUGUAACCAUUCAGACUACUGUUCCAUCUACUUCGACUGCUGGAACUACUCCCUCGACGUCGACAACUGCAAAACUUUCAUCCACAAGCACAACUACAACAACUACAAGGACUACGACCACAACAACCACAACAGAGGAACCUGUCACUCUAACAAAUGAGAUUCUCCCUCCAAAGAUCGCUAUCACCACUGAAAACAUCAGCAGUCCACCGCCCACGUCCUCGACCGAGGGCUUCGUCACCUGGAGCUCGAAUUCCGAUGACGACAUGACACCUACGAGCACCUCAUCAACCACCUCAACAACAACGGAACCAGAAGUGACAGAGACUCAAUGGUCGCCUAUUACCACUCCCGACGGCUGGGUAAUCAUCCAAUCUCCGAGCACAAAGAGACCUGAAGCUGAGAAUGUGACAGAAGGUAGCAAAGUCACGUCAACAUCAUUACCUACAAUUUCAGUCGAAAUUACAACGCAAGAGACAAGUGCAGAGCCCACGACAUCAAAGCCGACAGUACCGACUGCAACAUCUUCAACAGUCCCGGCCGUUACCACUGGAACACCUGACACACUCGACAGUUUCAAUAUGUCCGACUACAAGCAAGUAUGCGGAAGAAGAUUGUUUCCCGAAUCUAGAAUUGUGGGUGGAGAUCGAAGUCUAUUUGGAAAGUGGCCUUGGCAGAUAUCGUUGAGACAAUGGAGGACAUCUGCAUACUUACACAAAUGCGGUGCUGCAUUGCUAAACGAGAAUUGGGCGAUUACUGCAGCUCAUUGUGUUGAAAAUGUACCACCGAGCGACCUUUUACUCCGAAUUGGUGAGCAUGACUUGGCGAACGAGGACGAACCCUAUGGUUUCCAAGAAAGACGCGUGCAAAUUGUUGCGAGUCAUCCAAACUUCGAUCCAAGGACAUUUGAGUAUGAUCUCGCUUUGUUGAGAUUUUACGAGCCACUGUUGCCGUUUCAACCGAAUCUCUUGCCAAUCUGUCUCCCCGAUGACGAUGAGGGAUAUGUGGGGCAUACGGCGUACGUCACGGGAUGGGGAAGAUUGUACGAAGAUGGGCCGUUGCCAUCGGUUCUGCAGGAAGUUUCUGUACCUGUUAUCAAUAAUACUGUUUGCGAAUCGAUGUACAAACAGGCUGGAUUUAUCGAGCACAUUCCGCACAUAUUCAUCUGCGCUGGGUGGAGAAAAGGAGGAUUCGAUUCGUGUGAGGGUGACAGUGGUGGUCCCCUGGUGAUCCAAAGGCCACGCGACAGGCGAUGGAUUCUCGCAGGUGUCAUAAGCUGGGGAAUUGGCUGCGCAGAGCCUAAUCAGCCUGGAGUUUACACGAGAAUCUCCGAAUUCAGAGAAUGGAUCAAUCAAAUCCUUCAGUUCUGAAGGAGCCAACGAAUCACAUAAUAAAUCAUGAAAUAAAAAGAGUCCAACGACUGAUGGAUGGUUCAAGAAUCUCACUGUAUCUCAGCUAAUCAUCUGAGAUUAAUCGCUUGUGGAUCGAAGGAAUAGACCCACGAGUGGAAAACAAUAACUGGUGAUAGUGACGUGGUAUUCUUUAUCGGACAAUGUAAUAUUACAUCAAUUUUUCAAUUAAAUCGCAAUGAAAUGCUCAGAUGGGGGAGACAACAAGUGGUUUGCAGAGAGGAAGUAGGAACUUAUUCGUGCCAUUAUUCAUCUGUUAUCGAUGGCAGACAUCUGAAAUUCAAUGGCGGUCGAUUGAUCUCACUGGGAGGAUUAGAAACUACCAGAUACUAAUGGCACGUUAAUAAAUCAAUCUCUUACCACUUGUAACCCUGUAUUCCCCGUGGAAAUGUCUUUAUCCAUGUAUAUGUAUUAUGUGGGGAAGAACAAAAAACGAAUACUGCCCAAGAUACUUAAUUUAUUAUGAAAUAUUCUAGGACAAUAGUACCCUAUAAAUUAAUUCUUGUCAACUUAUGUUCUGUUGAUAAACGAAAAACACUAUUUCUCUCUCUGGAGAGGGUCUAUUUGUAAAUAUUCCGAAUUUGUGCGUAGGUUUUUACUGAUUAGUGUAUGAAAGGAAA